CCUCAUACUCUGUAUGAAAGGAGAGACUAAUUUGUGAUCUGUUAACCCCAGGUUUUCCAGUUUCUUAAUGCAAAAUGCGAGUCCGCAUUCCUUUCCAAAAGGAAUCCUCGGCAGAUAAACUGGACUGUCCUCUACAGAAGAAAACACAAGAAGGGACAAUCGGAAGAAAUUCAGAAGAAAAGAACUCGCCGAGCAGUCAAAUUCCAGCGUGCCAUCACGGGUGCAUCCCUUGCUGAUAUCAUGGCCAAGAGGAAUCAGAAACCUGAAGUCAGGAAAGCCCAGCGAGAGCAGGCUAUCCGGGCUGCCAAGGAAGCAAAAAAGGCUAAGCAGGCAUCCAAGAAAACAGCAAUGGCUGCUGCCAAGGCCCCUACAAAAGCAGCACCUAAACAAAAGAUUGUGAAGCCUGUGAAGGUCUCCGCUCCCGAGUUGGUGGAAAACGCUAACUUGGUAGAUUGGAGUUUCAAAUAAAGAUCUAACU